AUGAAUUCUCUCGAGUUGAUAGAAUUCCAGUAAUUAGAAGAGAUUAAAGUUGAUGAUCAUUUCGUGAGUGUUGUAGUAAAGGUUCAUAAGAUAGAAUCAGUGAUCACAUAAUACGAGGCCAAUAACUAAAAUUUAAGCGAUGGAGACCAUUUCUUCAAGAUGCCAAAGGUUUAAAGUAGUCUGGUCUACCUUCAUGUUUAUGAUUAAUCUGCUUCUAUAUAUCUUCGUUUGAUUUCCCUCAAAAAGGAAAAACUGUAGCAGAUUUAGGAAGGCAGUGUAAUUACUAUUGUAAAUGGUGCUUGCAUACUUGAUGAAAAUAAUCAUAAGGUUUUGAUAGCUAAUGAUUCAUCAAAGUACUCUAAGAUUGAGAUUUUAAAUGAACUUUCAGAGGAAUUUUCUAGUGAGAUUUAAAAAAAUUAAAAUCUAAUUGCUCUUGCCUUGCUUAACAAUAAAUCAAUGCACAGUAUUAAACUUAAGUAAAUUUGA